AUGGCUCGAAGAAAUCAUCGAAGAUCUAAAGUGACUCGAGUAAUUAACCUUCUUAAACGUAUUAUUGCCUUUUUUUUCUCGCAUGUUGGAUUAUGUGCUUUAGUGGUUGGAUAUGCUUUGCUAGGUGCAGUGGUAUUUCGAGCAGUUGAGGGGCCACAUGAAACUUUUAUUCAAAGCCAAGUCACAGCAGCAAGACAAAGAGCUGUAAAUAUCGCUUGGAAUGCUACUUUUAGGGUCAACAAAUUAGAUCGUGCACAUUGGGAACGUAUAGUUCAUGCACAAGUUCGGCGAUUUCAGCGAAAAUGCGUUUGGGCUAUUAAACGUGGAUACGAUGGUAAGGAAUAUGGUCUCUCAGCUCAGUGGACUUUUACAGGAGCUUUUCUCUAUUCCCUAACUGUAAUCACAACUAUCGGUUAUGGAAAUACAUCAGCUAAAACAUAUUUUGGAAAAACUCUUACGAUUUUAUUUGCUAUUAUCGGCAUACCUUUAAUGUUACUGUUUUUAACAAAUAUUGGCGAUGUUAUGGCAAAAGUUUUUCGAUUUUUCUAUGCUCGAUCUAUUCGUCUCAAAUAUCGGCUCAUUCUAUGGCAUAAACGGCGAAAAACUGCCAAACUUCGUAAUGCCAACUUUUUAGUUUCCAGAAUUUCUCGAGGUGUCAAGACAGAAUUAUCAAAUGAUUCAUUUGGACUUGGCUCGGAUGUGCAAGAUUUACUAACUGCUCGAGCACAAAUUGAACAACUUGAAGUAAAGGAAAGCGUUGAGGCGCAACUGCAACGUAUAUCCGUACCUCUGAGUCUGGUAUUCUUCACAAUGUUUGCAUAUUUGGUCGCUGGUUCCGUAUUAUUUUGUUUAUGGGAAGGAUGGACAUUUUUGGACAGUUUUUACUUUUGUUACAUCUCAUUAACAACUAUCGGUUUUGGUGACAAAUUCCCAGGUGCAUCGGUAGGAAAUGAUAAAGAUGCACAGAAGAAAUUAGUAAUAACGUCAGUUUAUCUCUUAUUUGGCAUGGCACUACUAGCAAUGUGCUUCAAUUUGGCACAAGAAGAAGUUGUCAAUAAGGUUAGUUGGUUAGCAAACAAAUUCAGAUCAAAAGAAGACGAAGAUUACGACUAG